AUGGAACCAAUCCAGUGUGAUCCUUUAGAACUGCCUGAACAUGUCAACAUCAAUCCACCGUUGUGUGCUGGACCUCUACCUGUUAGUGCAGGGAUAAUGUGCACACCAUAUUGCCCCACUGGUAGAGAUCUACAUGGUAAUGGGCUACCCAUCGCUUGUGAAGACAAUGGUCAAUGGAUCAGAUUCAUUAACAGUUCAUCGGAAGAUUUUGCAUGUACAGACAUCACUGCACCAAUCUUGAAAUCCUGUCCAUCUCCCCUUACUCUUACAAGGACCGAGGCCUGGGGUGUGACAGCAACUUUUGUUCCUCCUACAGCUACUGAUUCUGUAGACGGUAGUGAUCUAAGUGUCUUAACGUUCCCAUCUGAUCUUGCAUCCCCGUACAAUCUCACUGAAGACUCCACACUCACCUACACCUUCUUUGACAUGGCCGGAAAUAAUGUAUCAUGUUCUUUUAUAAUUUAUGUUCAAGACGAACUUUACCCAGUUGUGGAGUACUGUCCCAACAACACUGAAGUCAGCACCAGCCAACAACUGACUGAAGUCACCUGGGAUCCGCCCAUAUUUUCCGAACCUACGGGGGACCCCUUGGAUAUUUCCUGCAACUAUGAGGACGGCAUGGCAACCCUCGCUAUUGACAAGGAUCACUUGGUAGAAUGCAAGGCAACAAAUCUUGAUAAUUCUAAAACUACUACCUGCAGCUUCAUCAUAAGCGUUAAAAGAGUUCCCUGCCAAGGCCUAGAUAUCCCGGUGAAUGGAGCUCUGAGUUGUAGCGGUUGGUUCGGCGGCACAUUUUGCUCGAUCUAUUGUAACACAGCUUUUGACAUUCCAAGAUCAUCUCUGGAAAUUCCUGAAUUUUAUGUGUGUGAUAUAUCUGGCCAAUGGAAUCCACAUGACACAGUACCAGACUGCACAGCUUACGGCCCCAUAUCUUCACCCGUGAAGUACUGA